GAGAGAGAGAGGGAGAGAGAAAGAGACUGAGGUGAGUCGCGCGGCUGGGCGGGCAGUGAGGAGAAGCUUCGGUCGCUCUCGUUCGUUCUGCCGGCCACCAUGUUCCAAGGACCCGAGUCCGACCCGUCCAGAUCCAGCUCCAGGGUGCUGCAGCCACCAGGUGGACAGUCCAGCGAUCUCUUUGGAAGUGCAGAAGUGUCCUCCUCUUCCAAGACACAGAAAAUGGCCUCUAACAUAUUUGCAGCAGCUGAAGAACCCAUGAAUUUCCCAAAGAGAACAAAUCCCCCAGGUGGGAAAGACAGCGGCAUUUUUGAGGAUCAUAAACCGAAUGCAUCCCGGCAAUUUAUAAACCCACCUGGAGGGAAAACAAGCAAUAUCUUUGGCACCCCAUCCCCUCUCAGUGCCGUCAAAGCACAUCCGAAUAAGCCCAAGGAUCACACCUUUCUCUUUAAGGAUAGAGGAGAUUCACCACGGGAAACAAAAGUUCCAGAAGACCAAAGACCACAGAGAGAAGAGUUGAGUGAGAAGAAGGACCUGCCGAAGGAGAUCCCCAAAGACCCUGGCCCCAAGAUAGAUGAUCACGAGCCCAGGCUGGGACCACGGCCGCGUUCUCACAACAAAGUCCUCAACCCGCCGGGAGGCAAAUCUAGCAUUGCAUUCUAUUAGGGAAGACCACUUUCUCUCUCUCUCACACACACACACACACACACCCCUUCCCCAAUGUCUUAAGCGUUCAUUAUCCGAAUAUUUUUUUAGUGCUUGAAGGAGGGAGGCACUUAGUCGUUUGGCUUAUUUAGUCCACGGCAGCCAUCAUCAUAAGCCUUUUGGGUGUUCGUUUGUAAGACAGGGAUGAGCCCUGAGCUCCUUCCUUCCCUCUGCAUUCUGAACACGGUGAAGGAAGACUCCCUGAGAUGGAUUGCAGAACACAUUCCAAUUAAGGUGCGAGACCCAUUUUUGGUCUGCCAGCUAGGCGACACAGCCUCAAGUAGAUUUCCCUCUCUGUUUGUAAAGAAGGGAGACUGCUCCUCUAUGCCCUGGAAAAGAGAGUUGUCCCUUGAUUGUCAUCUUGCAGAAAAGUGAAAGGAGCAAAUCGUUUUUUGAUAUAAAUUGUACUUGAAAUAAAUGCACAAAUCCCUUUCUGGGAGAGAUUUAGAA